CCUGCCCAGGCCGUUCCCAUCGUCAUUUGUAGUGGUAGGUCUACUAUGCUACAUUUCACUAUACUAGGUCUAGUGAUCGGUGCAAGCUUCACAAGAUGUAGCAUGCUCAGCGAUUCACCUGGAAAAAUGGAUUAUAUUAUGUCGUUUCAACUUCAUUUGACGCUGAUGUGAGAAAAAGUUUGUACUCAAUGGAGCCUCCACUCUUGAGCCACAACAUUUUGUCAUGUUGAAAUCACUGACUGUGAAAGUGAGAUCCUGCUAGAAUUUCUGCAUAUGAAACAGGUGCCUGAUAUUAGUAACCUCACUGUGGCCCAGGAAGACCCUAACGUUUAGGAUGUCGGGCAUGCUGUCUGCGUCAAGCGUUGACUGGGCAAACAAAAUCCGCUGCAAUGUGGUGGAUGGGCUCAGACAAAGCUUUCAUGAUGGAAUAUUUGCAGACAUAGAAAUUGAGGUGAGUGACAGCGUCUUCCGUUGUCACAAAGUCUUUCUUUGUGCUAUUUCGGACUACUUUUUGGCGAUGUUCACAUCUGGUAUGAGGGAGAGUGUGGACAGUAGAGUGACCAUCAAGGACCUGUCUGGAGCCACCUUCAGGGCAGUCCUGGAUUUCUACUAUACAUGUGACAGGUCAGUGGUAAAUGCAGAUACUGCGGAAGACCUGCUCCGGGCUGCCGGCUUGCUGCAAAUGAUCACUCUCCAGGACAGCUGUGAGGCAUUUUACGCAGAGAAUCUGAACGUCGAUAAUGCAUUGGCUGUCUGGGACCUUGCGCAGUGCUUACACUGCGAGGCUCUUGCUGACAAAGCCAAACGGUUUGUCUUGGCAAAUUUUCUGGACAUCUACACAGAACCUGACUUCCUUCAUGUAGACAUUGAGCAUCUCAACGAGUUGCUAAAUGAUGAUGACUUGCGAGUGCCAGAUGAGGAUUAUGUUGCAGAGGCGGCCAUUUCAUGGAUCAAGCAUGACAUCACCAAGCGAGCAAAAUUCUUUACCGAGAUAUGUGUGAAUUUGAGACUGAGAUAUUUAUCUGAGGAAAGUUUUAAUAAGCUGCUUGGGUUUGUCCGUAAUGAGUGCCAUAUAAAGGACAGUUACCUAGAAGGGUUAGCUGAAAACAGAAGGUAUUCCUUUCCAGAAGCUUCCAAUUCUGUGGCCAUGGAGACCCCCUUAACCUCAAGAAACUAUGAAAACAUGCUUGUGCUCAUUGGGGUGCACAGGGCUACUGGUAUCCUACCUACAGUACAUGCCUACAGUUUUAACACAAAGAUGUGGUUCAAGCUGAGCUCUCUGCCAUUUGACCCUGGAGUGGGCUAUGCGACCUGUGUGCUUGAUAACUGUCUGUAUAUGUCUGGAAUCUCCUUGCGUAAAGCUUACGUUCUGCGCUACGACCCCAACAGCAACAUCUGGGAGGAGUGCUGUCAGAUGCCAGAAAAACGUCGCUACCAUGAGAUGGUGGUGGCCUGUAACCAGGUGCAUGCGGUGUGUGGCUGGAACAAAAGGGACGGUGUCUUCACCAGCAUCAUCCAGUACCAUCUGGCAGAGGACAGCUGGACAAGUCUGGGAAACCUACUGGUUGGCGUCUACUCGGCUUCCACGUGCGCCGUGGAUCACAUGAUCUAUGUAUUUGGAGGGCGAGCGGACGACAGCACGAGGAAGCGAGACAUCCAGUCCUUCAAUGUCCUCACGGGCCAGGCAAUGGUGAUCAACCAGUUUCCCUCUGCCGUGACAGAGAGUCGGGCCUUGUCCAUAAACUCGUGCAUGUACCUUGCGCUGACCAAUGGCUCCAUCAUGAAAGUGAUGGAGUCAGGCUCACUGUCGCGGCACAGCAUUCUACCAAACUUUGAUCGCUUUAACUUUGGUCUCCUGCAGCGGGGCUCCAACAUCCUGGUAGUCGGGGGUGACACUCGCUAUCCCUCAGGCUCCAGCCAGUUUGUGGACAUCCUGGAGGUCAACGGUCAGGAUGGAAAGGUCAAAAUCCUCAGUGACCGGCUCUUCAACAAUGCCAGUGCGGCUGCCUGUAGAAUCCUCUUGAUCCGCCGAGUAAUUUUACCAAGAUUAUCUGUUCCAGGCAUGCCCCACUAGCAGAUUCUUUACUUAGGACAUAACAAUAUUUUUUCUUUUCCCCAAUCACAAUGAUUGUUAUAUUUCUGUAAUCAUUUUGGCACAGUAUUUGUUUAUCAAUAUUUAUUGUGCACUAUUCCUUUGAUGUAUAAUGUAUGAUAGAUUGAUAUUCAUUUAUGAUUCUCAUUCUGGUCAUGUCUAUUUUGGGAAAUUAAGUAAGUUGACAGUAGAAGUUCCUCUGAAUGUCAUACUUUCCCACUGUCCUAUCAUGACUAGGUCCAUGCUUCAACUGUAGAAGAAUCAAACUGCCAUGUAAAUUACAUAUUCGGUUCCCCCGUGAU